UGUUUGCUGUUUAGAAACAGAUGGCUAACUGUAUUUUAUCCCAUUACAGUCCAGAUCUUCCCGGCUGGAUGUCUCUGCGGAUGCGGCCAAGCACCGAGGUCAGCUUUCUGACAGGGCCAUCUGCCUGCAGAGGGAACUAUAAGUGGGUGGGUUAUAUUUAGAGCCUGGUCCAAUGAAGAGCGAAGGGCCCUAGUGCCUUUCCAACGCAGCUCUCACCCGGGCUCUGGCUGGCACACUGUGAUGCCAUCAGUGUACAGGGGGAAUAAUAGAGCGACACCGGGGAGAAAAAGAGUUAAGCGGAUUAUUACAACCUGCACGAACAUCCCUGGCGGGGAAGCGACUGUUCUCCACGGGCCGGCUACCUCUAUACAUGGAUUUGUCAUACUGGUCGCCUGAUAGGAGGUCUGAUGUUAAUUGGCAUCUCCUGCUGUAGAGGUGCAUCUCCUAUAUUGUAGAGAAACUUUAUCUUGGGAGGAAGUGCUAAGAGAAGAUGAAUGACAUGGUAAUGAGAAGACUUCACUGAGAACACAGCAGAGCUCUUCCAUCACAUUACAAGGUCCACCUAUCCAACCAACAAGCGUGGAGAUGGACGCCAACCAAGCUUUCUAAAAAUGCGACCACAAAUAAACUGCAUUGAGUGUCCAAACAAGACAAUGAGCUGUAGAGAAGCCGACAUCUACCAGCGUAUCCAAGAGGGUUCUGACACCGUCAAAAGGAACAGAAAUAAGAAAGAACAAGACUAUAUUUCUGAGACGGGCACAGUCAUAAGGAGUCAAAAAUCAGAUCGGAAACAAAAGGCCUCUAACAGAAAGGCAGACGACCUCUCACGAGAUGACUUGCUGUUCCUUCUGAGCGUGCUGGAGGGAGAGCUACAAGCUCGAGAUGAAGUUAUAUCUGUGCUGAAGGCAGAAAAAAUUGACCUGGCUUUACUAGAAGCCCAAUAUGGCUUUGUGACUCCAAAACGGGUCUUGGAGGCCCUUCAAAGAGAUGCAAUCAGAGCAAAUGCUACACAAUGGCAAGAAGACAUCUACGAAAAGCCAAUGUGUGAGCUGGAUAAAGUUGUGGGCAAGCACAAGGAAACUCACAAGAGAAUGCUGGAGCAACUUCUAAUGGUGGAGAAAUCCCAAAGAGAAACCUUGUAUGACUUAGAGGAAGAAAAAAGAAAACAUACCGAUUACAUGGAAAAAAGUGACGAAUUUACCAAUCUACUGGAGCAAGAGCGAGAAAGGCACAUCUUUUUGUUUUACAUUGUACAGUAUUUUGGAUUGUUCACAAGAACACUUCUUAAAUCCGUGACCUCCAAAUAAGGAUAAUUUUCCUGCAAUCUCACGCAGACUUAGGAACAAAGAAGGAAGCAUGUCAAGAUCCAACAUGUCCAACCUGUCCUUCGCCAAACAUCUGCCAUCAAGGGAGAGUCAAGAGCCUACCACACACAU